AUGUCUGGGGGCUGGAACACCAUCGAGUCCGAUGCAGGCGUCUUCACCUACCUCAUCGAGAAGCUCGGCGUAAAAGACGUACAGUUUGAGGAGCUCACCACGCUCGACCCGGCGGACCUACAAGCACUGGGAACACUCUACGGCGUCAUCUUCCUGUUCAAAUACCCGACGGGCGAGAAACCGAGUGAUGUACCCAAGGAUGGGACGUACGACUACGAGGCGGCGAAUACCCUCUUUUUCCCCGCGCAGACGAUACAGAAUGCAUGUGGUACGCAAGCGAUUGUGUCACUGUUGUUGAAUCGGGAGGAGGAAGUGGAUAUUGGGAAGGAACUGAAAGAGUUCAAGGAGUUUGCGGGGGAUUUCCCACCAGAGCUGCGAGGAGAAACGCUUUCAAACUCCGAUCUCAUCCGCGAAACACACAACUCGUUUGCGCGCUCCUCACCUUUUGUCGACGAGACACAGCGUACGGCAACCGAAGACGACGAUGUAUUCCAUUUUAUCGCCUACACAAGCAUAAACAACACCCUCUACGAACUCGACGGCCUACAACCAGCCCCCAUAUCCCACGGCCCCUGCAAGCCCCAGGACUUCCCCGCCAAAGUCAUACCCGUCCUCCAGCGCCGCAUCGCCCGCUACCCAGCCACGGAAAUCCGCUUCAACCUCAUGGCAUGCUGUCGCGACCUGCGGAUCCGCGCCCGUGAAAUCGGCGACGAGGAGGAGCUUGAGGAGCAGGAGGAUAAGCGCGCUCGCUGGCUGUGGGAGAACUCGCUCAGACGGCAUAACUUCGUUGGCUUUGUGGGCGAGCUGCUGAAGGCGGUUGUAGCGGGUAAGUUGGAGAAGGGAGAGAAGGAGUAUGAGGCGUGGGUUGAGGAGGCGGUGGUGAGGAGUAAGAAGAGGAAUGAGGAGGCGAGGAAGCAGGGGAUUGCCGAGGAUUGA